UGAAUUAUAGUUGGAGAAAAAUCUCUUGUACAUUGAAAGAAGAGAUAGAAAAGAUGACAAGGGGAGCUUCCCAAUCAUCAAUCUCCUCCUUGCUUUCUAUCUUCUUCUUAUUGUUUUUGGUUCGGAGUGUUAAUGGAAAUCCUAAUUAUAUGGAUGCUUUAGCCAAGUCCAUAUUAUUUUUUGAAGGUCAGAGAUCAGGGAAGCUCCCCGCAGGUCAGAGACUCACCUGGAGAUCUCAUUCUGGUCUUAAAGAUGGUUCUGCCGCUAAUGUUGAUCUCACUGGGGGCUACUAUGAUGCCGGCGACAAUGUUAAGUUCAACCUUCCAAUGGCAUAUUCCACUGUUAUGUUAUCAUGGGGUUCACUCGAAAACGGGAAGAAAAUGGGAGCGCAGUUAGGAAAAGCACGUGUUGCAAUCCGUUGGGCCACAGAUUACUUACUAAAAUGUGCAAAUGCUAGCCCUGGUAAACUCUAUGUAGGUGUAGGUGAUCCAAAUGUUGAUCAUAAAUGUUGGGAACGCCCUGAGGACAUGGAUACAGUUCGAACUGUUUAUUCUGUGUCCGCUGGUAGUCCGGGCUCAGAUGUUGCGGCCGAAACUGCAGCUGCCUUGGCGGCAGGUUCAAUGGUGUUUAGGGUGGUGGAUCGUAAAUAUUCAUUAUUGCUUCUGAAGACGGCAAAGAAGGUCAUGAAAUUUGCACUGUCGUAUCAGGGUGCCUAUAGUGAUUCUCUUGGCUCUGCUGUUUGUCCCUUUUAUUGUUCUUAUUCAGGCUAUAAGGAUGAAUUAAUUUGGGGUGCUACAUGGUUGUUGAGAGCAACGAACGAUGUUUCGUACGCAAACCUAAUAAAAUCUCUUGCCACUGAUGAUGGGGUUGAUAUCUUCAGUUGGGACAACAAAUUUGCUGGUGCAUAUGUUCUUCUCGCCAGGAGAGCUUUGUUGGACAAGGACAAGUCAUUUGAUCCAUUCAUUCAAAAAGCUGAAAACUUCAUGUGUCGUAUUCUACCCAAUUCACCUUAUUCAACAACACAUUAUACACCAGGGGGGUUGAUGUACAAAUUAAGUCAAUGUAAUCUUCAAUAUGUUACUUCCAUCACCUUCUUGCUCGCAACAUAUGCCAAGUACAUGGUAGCUGCCAAACACACCUUCAAUUGCGGUAACACACUUGUAACAUCAGAGACCCUCAGGCAUUUGGCCAAGAGUCAGGUGGAUUACAUUCUAGGGGUGAACCCACGGAAAAUGUCGUACAUGGUAGGCUAUGGGCCAUCCUACCCACACAAAAUUCAUCACAGAGGAUCAUCCAUCGCUUCCAUCAAAACUUACAAGCAAACCAUAGGGUGCGAUGGUGGAUUCCAGCCGUUUUUCUAUUCUCAGAAACCUAACCCGAACAUCCUUAUUGGUGCGGUUGUGGGUGGACCUGAUCAAAAUGAUGCGUUCCCAGAUGAUCGAAGUGAUUAUAGCCGUUCGGAACCUGCCACUUACAUCAAUGCUGCUUUAGUUGGACCCUUAGCCUACCUAGCAGGAAGCUAUAGUAAGUAAUGGAGUUUACUAGCACUAGGGUCCAAGAUCUGUUAAUGACGACUACUGGACUUGAGAUUGUUUAUUAGUGAAAAUAUGGAAAUGAUCACCCCCAAGUAAACGAAGUGGUGCUUCAAAAAAAGAAAAGAAUGGUGUAUGUGUAUGUGUUAGAUUGCUAGAGAAAAUUCUAAGAGCUUUGUCGAGUACCUAGUCAGUGGUGCCAUAGAAUAGACGUCAUUUCCAAAGGGAAAAAAUGUCAUAUAAACUAGGUUGUUAAAGAUUCAUAUGAAUGAAGCUCUUUUUUUCUUUUGC